AUGGUGAGCUUCAAGCUCCAGGCUAUCCUGCUGCUGCAGCAACUGCUGGUCUUUCCUUCAGUCAGGAUCAAGAUGGUGGACAUUGUAAACCAGUUUCUGGUGAUCCUUCACGCCCUCCCCUUCGUGUCUGUGAACAGCAGAAACAAGGCUAUCCAUGCCCUGCGGCACUUCUCGGGCCAGGACACGCCGCCGCCUGUGAUCCCACAGCCCGGUGACAACGUCGCCAUUCACAAUCGGUUCUUCAACCAGUACCUGAACAUUCACAAUCACGGUGCCGUGCACUCAAGUCAUUCCCAUAAUUACGAAUCGGGCCUGCACCCAAGUUGGAUUUGGGAGCGUUGGACCGUCAUCGAUGCAGGCAACGGCGAGAUCGCGCUGCAUCACCAAAGGUCGAACCGCUUCCUUGGCAUCAACGAGCACGGCCUCUAUGGCCAUGUCGCUGCGGCCAGCCACUUUCACCACAGUUGGGUCCACCAUCGUUUCAGAGUCGACGCCUUGCCUGAUGGCUGGACGCAUCAGCAGUUCCGCUUUCAGAUCAUCGUGGUGGCCUUGUUCAACCAUGCUCACCACAGAUGGUUGCGCAUGCACCACUGGGACCUGGACCGCUCUUCUCCACAUGGUCUCAAUUUCCCUGCCGGUUGGUUGUGGGAACGGUUCCUGGUGGUGGAUGUCGGGAACGGCCAGGUGGCGCUCUUCGGCACGCAUUGGAAGAGGUUUGUGGGCCUGGACAACACCGGACAGGCUUAUUGCACGGGCCCCAUGGAGGCUGAUGGUCUGGCGGAGAAAGAGGUUUGGAACCACUUCCAGGCCCUUCCGGGCCUUCAGUAG